CCACUUCUUGUGUACUGUAGGGAGCCAAGAACCAUGGUGUGGUGAUGCCUGAUGCCAACAAGGAGAACACUCUGAACCAGCUUGUGGGCGCGGCGUUCGGGGCAGCGGGACAACGCUGUAUGGCUCUGUCCACAGCCAUACUGGUGGGCGAGACGCGUAGCUGGCUGCCGGAGCUGGUGGAACGUGCCAAAGCUCUGCGCGUGGAUGCAGGAGACCAGCCUGGUGCAGAUCUGGGGCCUCUGAUCUCUCCCCAAGCCAGGAACAGAGUCUGCAGUCUGAUCCAGAGCGGCGUGGAGGAGGGAGCAAAGCUGCUACUGGAUGGCCGAAAUAUUAAGGUCAAAGGUUACGAGAACGGCAACUUUGUGGGACCUACCAUCCUCAGCAACGUCACACCUCAGAUGAAGUGCUACACCGAGGAGAUCUUUGGGCCCGUGCUGGUCGUUCUGGAGGCAGACUCCCUGGACAACGCCAUCAGUUUGGUUAACAAGAACCCCUAUGGCAACGGUACAGCCAUCUUCACCACAAACGGUGCCACCGCACGCAAAUAUACUCACGAGGUGGAUGUGGGCCAGGUGGGAGUCAAUGUUCCAAUCCCGGUGCCGCUGCCAAUGUUCUCCUUCACUGGAUCGAGGGGAUCCUUCAGAGGGGACACGAACUUCUACGGAAAGCAAGGCAUCCAGUUCUACACACAGAUCAAAACCGUCACCGCACAAUGGAAAGCUGAAGAUGCCACCUUAAAAAGUCCUGCCGUUACCAUGCCUACCAUGGGACGCUAAAUGCUUCAUCCAGUCGCUGCUGAUUACUCUUGUAAACCAGGAGCCGUCAAACGCUCCACUUGCAAAAGCAGAUUUAUAUGUCACCUGUGAAUAGCUCAUAAAUACAAGUUAAAAAUAAAUAAUCCCCAGAUUAAAAGACUUUAUAUUAGAUAUGUAUAUGUGGCUAUUGUGCGAGGGGACAACACUAAGGCAAUCCAAAAGUUCUGUAACAUUAUUGGGUCAACGUCAUUUCCUGAAAUACAGCACCUGCUGAAACUCUUA